GUUUUUAUCAACGAUGGCAAUGAGAAAAUGAUACCAAACACCAAAAUGUACAACUUUGAUCGACUGAGAAGGAUAGCAGAGAUCUGCACGAGUUUGAACGCGUAUAAGCGUCCGACGUAUCGAAUAGCCAGGAACAAGAUGAUCAUCGGACAAUUACUUAAUGCCAAGAUGACAACAAACCUGGACUACCUACGUAUACUCAAUACGAAAAAUCCACCGCCCGAACGUAUAGCGAGAGCUGUCAAGGCAGACAGAGACCAACGAUUAGCUAGCCGAUCGGAGAGAAAUAAUCCACGUUCACGCCUUAAUAACGCUGGUAAUUCAUAGUAGCACAAAAGGCUUUACACGAGUAUUUGUAAUACAGUGUAAAUCUGACGUCAAUAGUAAAAUUCUGGAUACGAAUAGUCUUUGCGAUUAAAAACUCAUGGCAGCAACAACCGCAGAAACCUACCAAUUAUUUACUGCA